GAGAGAGAAGAGAGAGAAGAGAGAGAGAAAGAGAGAGAAAGAGAGAGAAAGAGACAGAAAGAGAGAGAGAAAGAGACAGAAAGAGAGAGAGAAAGAGAAGACAGAAAGAGAGAGAGAAAGAGACAGAAAGAGAAAGAGAGAGAAAGAAAGAGAGAGAGAAAGAGACAGAAAGAGAGAGAGAAAGAGACAGAAAGAGACAGAGAGAGAAAGAGACAGAAAGAGAGAGAAAGAGAGAGAGAAAGAGAGAGAAAGAGAAAGAAAGAGAAAGAGACAGAAAGAGAGAGAGAAAGAGACAGAAAGAGAGAGAGAAAGAUACAGAAAGAGAGAGAGAAAGAGACAGAAAGAGAGAGAGAAAGAGACAGAAAGAGAGAGAAAGAGAGACAGAAAGAGAGACAGAAAGAGAGAGAGAAAGAGACAGAAAGAGAGAGAGAAAGAGACAGAAAGAGAAAGAGAAAGACAGAAAGAGAAAGAGAGAGAGAAAGAGACAGAAAGAGACAGAAAGAGACAGAAAGAUACAGAAAGAGAAAGAUACAGAAAGAGAGAGAGAAAGAGAAAGAGAGAGAGAGAGAAAGAGAAAGAGAAAGAUACAGAAAGAGAGAGAGAGAAAGAGAAAGAAAGAGAGAGAGAAAGAGACAGAAAGAGAAAGAGACAGAAAGAGACAGAAAGAGAAAGAGACAGAAAGAGACAGAAAGAGAGAGAGAAAGAGACAGAAAGAGAGAGAGAAAGAGACAGAAAGAGAGAGAGAAAGAGACAGAAAGAGAGAGAGACAGAAAGAGACAGAAAGAGAGAGAGAAAGAGACAGAAAGAGAGAGAAGAGAGAAGAAAGAGAGAGAGAAAGAGACAGAAAGAGAGAGAGAAAGAGACAGAAAGAGAGAGAGAAAGAGACAGAAAAGAGAGAAAGAGAGAGAAAGAGACAGAGAGAAAGAGACAGAAAGAGAAAGAGAAAGAGACAGAAAGAGACAGAAAAGAGAGAAAGAAGAGAGAGAGAGAAAGAGACAGAAAGAGACAGAAAGAGAGAGAGAGAAAGAGACAGAAAGAGAAGAGAGAAACAGAAAGAGACAGAAAGAGAGACAGAAAGAAAGAGAGAGAAAGAGAGAGAAAGAGAGACAGAAAGAGACAGAAAGAGAGAGAGAAAGAGACAGAAGAGAGAAAGAGACAGAAAGAGAGAGAGAAAGAGAGAGAGAAAGAGACAGAAAGAGAGAGAGACAGAAAGAGAAAGAGAGAAAGAGACAGAAAGAGAGAGAGAAAGAGAGAGAAAGAGACAGAAGAGAA